AAUAUGAAUCUGACUGUCAGCUUGGCAUGCGUGGCGAGUUGUACAGAGUUAUACGCAGAAUGUACCGAACAGAAGGCCUUAUCCGGCCAGGUUAGCGUGUAUAACCCCGGCCAGAGCCGUCCAGGGCCGUACAAGCUGGGACUGUACGGACUUAUACGGCCCUGGACGGGGUCACCGAACAGGCCCUUAGAGAUUACAUUACCUGUGUGGAUGAGCCAUUGCCGGUCAUUUGUCUACGCGGAGUUUGCGGGCGCUGUCCAGAGAUCUCUUCAACCUCUUCAAUGCACUGCUACUGGGUUAUCCGCGCGCUCACACGACCAGGGAAUCGGGAGGGAGGUCAACACGAAGGAGAACACCUGA